CGCGUCACACUCUGCUGUGCGCGUCUCGCGAGCAUCGGACUGCGAAGGCCCAGGGGGGCCGCUCGCACAUACCAUCGAGGCUCACACCACGCAGUACUCAGAAACUCUGCACAGUGUUAGUCUGGCUACUGUGCCGGUCGUGAGCCUCUCGACAUUUCGUCUCGCCUUCCACAGACAUGGAGCCGGCCACCACUCAAGAAGGCUGCCUCAAGCCCCUCUCAGACGCCACUUCUGCGCCCAUACAGUUGAAAGCCAGGACUGCGGGGAUGGAGGCGAUCGAGGACAUUCUCUACGGCUCUGUUGCCGGCGUCGUGGGCAAAUACAUUGAAUACCCCUUCGACACAGUCAAGGUCCGCCUCCAGUCACAGCCCGACCACCUCCCGCUCCGAUACAAAGGACCCAUCGACUGCUUCCGCCAGUCCAUCCGCGCCGAUGGCGUCCUGGGCUUGUACCGGGGCAUCUCAGCGCCCCUCGUCGGCGCCGCGCUCGAGAACAGCAGCCUCUUCUUCUGGGAGCGCCUCGGCCGCGCCGCCAUCUACGCAUCGGGCUACUCGCCGCGCGACCAGCCGCUCCCGCUCUCGGCGCUGUGGAUGACGGGCGCCUUCUCCGGUGCCAUGACCUCCUUCAUCCUGACGCCCGUCGAGCUGGUCAAGUGCAAGAUCCAGGUCCCCGAGACCGAGGGCGGCGUGGUCAGGGCCCCGCUCAAGCCCAUCCCCGUCAUGCGCGACAUCUUCCGCCACCAAGGGCUGCGCGGCUUCUGGCACGGCCAGCUGGGCACGCUGAUCCGCGAGUCGGGCGGGUGCGCCGCGUGGUUCGGGUCCAAGGAGACGGUGACCAAGCUGAUGCGGGAGUGGAACGAGCGGUCCGCGCAGACGCAGGAGGAAAAGGAACGGGCGAGGGCGGCGGAUGCGCUGCCGCUGUGGCAGCAGGCGGUGGCGGGCGCGACGGCUGGCGCGUCGUAUAACUUCCUGUUCUUCCCUGCGGAUACGGUCAAGUCGAGGAUGCAGACCUCGCCGAUCGGCGAAGCAGCGGCCGAGCAGAGGUCGUUCGCUGCGGAGACGGCGGCGCUGUGGAAGCAGGCCGGCUUGAGGGGCUUUUAUCGCGGGUGCGGCAUCACCGUGCUGAGGUCGGUGCCGAGCUCUGCGGUCAUUUUCAUGGUCUAUGAUGGGCUGAAAACGUACUUCCCUCUGCAAUGACACGGACGUGCGGUGGGUUUCUGCGGUAAUUCAUACUGGGGGGGUAGAGGAAACGGGCGACGGUAUAGACGGGGCGGCAUCUCAUUCUCAUCACUAGCGGCGCGUUGUGGCGUUCCGGUACGUUCGGAGGGAGAGAAGGGUCAUAAACUCAUGACGACCUGUGGUCACAUAACAGAAAAAGGACGCCUACAGUUGCAG